UUUUAUUAACAAAUAAAUAACAAAAUAAUGGGUAUAUAAAUAGUUUAAUUAGGCUUUUUUUCAAGAAAUAAAAUGCUAAUUAUUUGACAUUUUAGUUAGUUGGAGUUACUAUUUUAGUUAGAUGGAGUAUUUAUUUGAUAUUUUUACUAUUUCUUUGACAUUUUAGUUCAAUUAUGUUAAUACAUGAUAAAUUAUUUAUUUGUUUAUGGAAAUUUUAUGCUACUUUAAGUUCCUUGUGGAAUUAGUUCCAGACAAGUGUGCUAUUAUGUCUGAAUGGUGUCGUGUAAAGUGGCUUGAAGAAGACAAAGUUUACUCUGACACUGUUCCUUUAAGUUGGAUUAAUGGUAAAGUUUUGAGAUGGCCAAAAAAAGGAGCUGAAAAAAAGUUAAGGGACCAGGUUGAACCUCAAGAUGAUUGGUUUAAAUUUCAAGUUCUCAAAAUUAAAUUAACUGAUAAAGAUUUUAUGACUUGCCAUUCAUAUAAUAUUUUAACUGAUACUGACUCUUUUGAUUUUGAUUUUAAAAAAGAUAUGUCUCAAGUUGCAAAAAAAAUUUGCAGUACACUUCCUCCAAAGCCUGAAAUUAAAUUAGGUUUUAGAAAUAAAAAAGUAUUUACCCCAGAAUUAGAAAAAGAACACCUAAAUCUUUCACAAGAAGCUAGUCAGAAUAAAGUAAAUAUUGAUUUGAAUCAACCUACUCAGUCAGUAUUUAGUUUUCAAAGUUCAUCAAAAUCCCAUAAUUCAAGGAAAUUGCGCUCUCGAUCUUCCAGUAGUUCUUGUUCACUAUCUCCUCAGAGUAAAAGUAAAAGAAGACCAGAUUAUUGUUCUCUUUUACAAUCAGAGAAAAUUGAAACACAGAGUGAACUCUCUUGUGGAUUACCAAAAAGUAAAGAACAUUCUACUCUGGCUAUUAACAGAAAUAACUUUCCAAUGAGUGAUCAAAAAUUCCAGUAUGAAGUCAUCAAGUUACUGUGUGAACUUAAAACAUGUUUACAAUGUCAACCCAAAAGUACAUUGUCACAUAAUUUAAGUGCGGAAAUUCCAACUCAAUUCUUGACAGUAGAAGAUUUGAAUGAAUUUGAACUUAAAAUGCAUGAUAAUAGUUUUGCACAAGAAUUUGUUAAACAACUCUCACGUGUUGGUGGAAAAUCAUCUAAAUAUAUGAUUAAGGACCUAAUUCAAAGAUUGAUGUCAAAUGAUUUUCAGAAAAAAUUCAGCAUGAUUGGUUUAAAAGGAAAGCUUAAGUUUGAAAAAACUUUGUUGUAUAAUGUAAUAAAUAAAGCAGUAUUAAAUGUCUUUCCGGAUGCUACCAGCUCAGAAGUACGAAUAGAAGUGAUGAACCAUUUAAAAUAUGGUGCAGAUCGUAAAAACCGGAAAACAAUUCGGACAAGCGCUAGAAAUGAUGUCAUGUCUAUCAGUUUGAAUUUUGCAGAAGAAGCCAUAUUAUAGAUAAGAAAUACAAAGAUAUACAAUGACAUCAAAGUCUACAAUAUGGAGAAAGACUAAUUCUUUGAUUGCCAGUAUAUUAGAAAAUAAUAAUUAUCAAAGUUCAACUGGUGAGUUUUUUUCUAGUCCAAUUCAUAAUAGUAUUGAUACUUUUGAAAGUGACUCUACAUUACCAAUAACUGAACUCUCUUCAACAAGUGAUGAUUUUAGUAACUCUUUUGAGUCUUUUCAUUCUAAACAUUGUCCUGAUUUGGCAUAUGAUCUUGCUCAGUGGGCGGUUAAGCAUGCAGUUACACAUUUUUCAUUAAAUGAUUUGCUUAUUUUGUUGCGAAAACACGAACACGAGAACUUACCAAAAAAUUCUAAAACUUUACUUAAAACGCCUAAUUGUGUGAUUAUUGAAAAUAUGUGCUCUGGUGACUAUAUCUAUCUAGGUUUAGCUACUGGUAUCAAUAACAACAUAAAUUUAAUAGUAAAUUUAGAUGGUCUGCCGCUUUUUAUAUCUAGCAAUACUCAGCUUUGGCCUUUACUCAAUUUGGUUCUAAACCUCCGUUUCCUGUUGCUUUUUUCUGUGGCAAACAAAAACCUAACUCUUCUAUGGAGUUUCUCAGACAGUUUUUGGAGGAAUUCAAAAUGCUUUCAGAAAAUGGUCUUGUUUACAAAGAUAAUUUUUUUAAUGUCAGUUUAAAGUUUUGGAGAUGUGAUGCUCCGGCACGUGCUUUUAUUAAAUGUAUAAAGCCACACAAUGCUUACCAUGGCUUUGAACGAUGUAUUGACAAGGGUGAAUGGCAAGGAAGAGUUGUUUUUAAUCAGGUUAAUUCUGUUCUUUGUUCAGACGAACAAUUUUCUAAAAUGUAUUAUAAAGAUUAUCAAGUAUCUAGAAGUCCUUUGAUUGAUUUUAAUUUACCUUGUGUUUCUACCUUUGUUUUAGACUAUAUGCAUUUAGUUUGUCUUGGGGUUGUUCGACGACUCAUAAUAUUUUGGACAGAGGGACCAAACAUAUGUCGUUUGUCAUAUGUCCAAAUUAAAUGCAUAACUGAAAAAUUAAAUGACUUAUCUGGUAAAAUACCAUCUGAUUUUGUCAGACAGCCUAGAUCACUAGGAGAGUUUAAAAGAUGGAAAGCUACAGAGUUUCGUUCAUUUCUUAUGUAUACUGGUCCCUAUGUAUUGAAAAAUGUAUUAAAACAUGAUCUUUAUAUACAUUUUCUUUGUCUUAGUAUUGCUAUUCGUGUGUUAGAUGACAAUAAUUCUAGUUCUAAUGUCAUUGGCUAUGCAUCAAUGCUGUUAAAUUGGUUUGUAUCUAAGUCUGUGGAUUAUUAUGGUCAAAAAUUUACUACAUAUAAUGUUCAUAACCUGAUUCAUUUGUCUGAAGAUGUUAUAAAAUUUCAAAUGAUCCUACUUGAUAUGUCUGUCUUUUCGUUUGAAAAUUAUUAGCAGCGUCUGAAAAGAUUGGUUCGUGGUAAGAACAUGCCACUUGCUCAAAUUGUCAAGCGUUUAGGAGAAAUAGAUUGUUUAGAUAAUAAAUUUUUGAGAAAAAAACACAAAUCAAAAGUAGUCCC